CCGACGUACACACAUUAAGCCGAGAGCCGCCCAAGGGUGGGCUGUUCGUGCGCCUCUUGCUGCCGGUAGCCCGCCCGCCCGUCCUUGCAGACGGGCUCUUGCGCUCUUCCGCGGAGCAGAGACGCAGCCAUGAAUCUGGGAGAUGGUUUAAAGCUUGAAACAGAAAUACUGGAUGGAAAACCUAGACUGAUAGUGGCUCCUUGUGUAAGUCAGUCGAAACCAGGCAUAAGGAUAUGUAAUAAAAACAAGAUUUUAAAAUACACAACGAGAUCAAAACCAAAUGGGCAUAUUCUGAAAUCAGUGCAAACAUCCUGUGAGAAGAAUGAAUGUUUAACAAAACAGAAAACCGGAUCAAGACUUUCAGUGACCAAAGGUAGUAAACAUCCUGAAACUGUGAUGUUUACCAAGGAUUUAUCGAAGGGACCUUGUAAUAAAGAUGAUGCUUUUAUAAUCCAAAAAGACAGUACAACUUCAAAGCCAGAUAAUGUCAGAAAUUCAAUUAAGAAACCUUUGGCAUACAACAAGAAAUUUAAAAAGCAUUCUCUUUCUGUUGAGGAUCGAAGGGACAAUUUGGUAUGUUUAACACAAGAGCAGCUGGAACAGAUUUUAAUGGCAGUAAAAGAAGGAACCCAAGGAGCCACUCAGGUUCUGGCAGAAAAGAAAGGAGAUGCAAAUGAACAGGUAGCUUUAAAGAAGAAACUAAAAGAAACUUUGGAAGCAGAGUCCAGAUACCACCAGCGGCAGGCAAUUGAUACAGUGAAGAGAUGCUUAGAAAAAGGACAAAAGAUGAUGUCAUCAGACAACUUGACUCCUGCAGCAGAAGAUCUCAAUAGUCACAGAAUUUCAGCCACUGAGCCUAGUGAAACUUCUCCCAGUGUGUCCAGUGGUCGAACUGAGCAGUUCUCUAGUUUCAGUUCUCCUGAUUUGCCAGCUGCUAUCCGAACAGCUUUUGUGUUAGGGGAAGCAACACCAAUAGAGCAUCCUUUUAGUGCUGUGAAACGUGAGCAACAGAAAAAAUGGCUUGAAGAGCUUGAUAAGCAAAAGGAAGCUGACAAGCAGCGAAAAAUGGAAGAAAAAUGUAAUUUUUUGAAGGGUGAAGAGCAUGACAAAUGGACAAUACAUUUUGAUUCUUUCAAGAAUCCUAUGAAUUCGUUUAUACAAUAUCCUUUAAAUACAACAUAUCAAAAGACUCCUGAGGCUGUACAGCUCUCCCAUGACCAUACAGCUUGUUCAUCUUCAGCCUUGUCUUGCCUCACACCUACAGAGAUAGAGAUUCCAGGAAAAGCCGUUGGAAACUAUAUUUCAGAGCCAAAUCAAAAAGCCAGUUUCCUUCGUUCAAUGACUGCUCUUCUGGAUCCUGCUCAGAUUGAGGAACGAGGAAGACGACGACAAAAACAAUUAGAACAUCAGAAAGCUAUCAUGGCUCAAGUGGAAGAAAAGCGAAAAAAGAAACAGGCAGAAGAGGAACAAAGAAGAAUGGAGGAACAAGAAGAAGAGCACCGGCUUGCCAGAGAACAGGAAUUGAUGAAGAAACAGUUUGAAGAAGACCUGCUAAAGCAAAAACUAAAAGAGGAAAUCAUGACCCUUAAAACAAAUGAGUUGUAUCAAACAAUGCAGAAAGCUCAAGAAUUAGCUCAAAGAUUAAAGCAAGAGCAGCGGAUUAAAAGUUUGGCUCAGAAAGGACAUGACACUUCAAAACUGCAAAAGAACCUUGGUGGUGGUGAUACAACUAAGGAGAAUAAUUACACUGACUUGAAUGGGGUUUUAGAGACUCCUAAUUAUCAGAAUCACUGUUUUUCAGAGACUAACAAUGAAACAAAUGAGAGAAAGAAAAGUAAUUUCUCUCCUCAGAAAGACACAGCUGUGCAGACAGAGUUUGCAAUCACUGAUUUUCCCACUGAUUCUGAAAUUUCCCCUACGCCAGCUGGGGAAGGAAGAAUGGACUGUGCAUCUCCAGAUGUUGCUGUAGAAUAUAUAAUGGACUUCAGCAAUAAAAGAAGCAAGAAAGAAGAACAAUAUCUAGAUAAAAAGAUUUCAGAAAAAGAGAAUAUUAUCAGCUGUUGCAGUCGCUAUGAACAGUGUCCCCCAAAGCAGAAACAUCCAAAGGCAGUGGGAAAAAAUGGGGAAAAGAUGGACUGGAACAUAAACAAACCUUGCAAAAGAUAUAUUCCGGCCUCUGAGAAAUAUCCCAGACUCCAGCAAAAGCAGAGGGAAGAAAAGAAAGCACAGCGACAAAUGGCAUUGCUUCAGUUGGUUGAAAGAAACAGCCCUGGUAAUCUUUGCAAGAAAAAUGGUGUUUCCCCAGAUAGAGCCCUCUCACCUCGCCAAGAAGAUGAGGUCAAAAGUAAAGAAGAACAAUUCUCAAAAAAAUUGUUUGAACAAAGAUCUGACUCUCCACCUGUUCCAGCAGUUAAAAACAGAUUACAGCAACAACUAAAGACUUCUGAUUUCCCAGUUCAUAACAGCAAAAAUGGAAGCCCAAAAAGUAUUUCUACAGAUCAGCAUCGGUGUGAAAGGUCUCUUCCAACUGCUGAAGCUGAAAGACCUCCUUCAUCUCAUUUUGUUCCUUAUGUGCGAACAAAUGAAAUAUAUUACCUUGAUCCAGAUGCACCUUUGACUAGGCCCUCCACGCAUGAGCCACAAUACCAAGAGCUGAAUGAUACUUACCAUAAACCACGGCAGGUUUUUAGCUCUGAUCACAUAAGGGAUCCUCUUUUUAAUCCUAAUAUGGUGAGAGACAGGCAGCAAGCCAUACUCAAAGGACUUUCAGAGCUGCGAGAGGGGCUCCUCCAGAAGCAGAAAGAACUGGAGACAUGCCUUAUUCCAAGUCUUACGUCUCAAGAAGAAAACUUUAUUUUACCACUUUAAGUACUUCAGCUAUGAUGAAUGGAUGUUUUGCUGUGUUGGCACUUUAUACUGUAAUUAUGAACCAAGUUUGUAGAAUAUGGACUUUUGUAUAUUUGGGAUAAAGUUUCAGUGAU